GUAAUAAUCAAAUGCAAAAAAGCAUGAAUGCCCAGCUUGGACAGCACUAUCAGAAAAAGUAUAGUAAACAAUGGUUGGGUAUUGGUUACACAAGGUUUUCUGAAGUUGAGAAGCAAAGGCAGCAAUCUGUAACUGCGUGGUAGGAUUCUCGAUUUGAGCUUUUGCUUUUGCUGAACUGAGACCGCAUCAUGAGCCAGCAUAUACAAUCGCAGGGCUCCAGUUCCAGUUCCGCCAGUUAUGAUGUUAACAACGAAGUGGAAUUUGUCCCUACGAUUGUGAAGCAUGGUGAACAUGAGAAGCUGGAAUUGCUUUCAGAAGUGUAUCACCGAGCAAGCGGGGGUGCUGCAACACAAGCAUCUUAUUAUUCCUCCAACAUUCUGAAAGAAUUCAAGACCCCUACGAAGAACACAGUGCUACAUGUAGCAGCUUUCUACGGAAAUGAUGCGAUGGUAGAUCACGUGGCGCGAACAGAACCUGAUCUUAUAGCGUCCCCCAACGAAAACCAGGACACUCCCCUUCAUGUUGCUGCAAGAGCUGGGCAUUUCUCCAUUAUUAAAACGCUCUUGGAUGUUUAUUGUCUUAAUAAUAAUGGGGGUGAAGCAAGAUUAAUGGAUCUCAUGAAAAUGAAGAACUGGCAAGGGAACAUUAUGCUACACGAAGCCAUGAUGAGCAGCACGGCGGGAACUAUGAUUUUCGAUGUACUUGAGGAAUCAUCAUCAAUAUCAUUCUCACAUCAUUGUUAUGAGUUAGCAUUGGAUGAAGUAAAUGGGGAAGGGAAAUCGGUGUUGUGCAUGGCGGUUGAGGCUAGGCUCAUGGAAGCUGUUAACAGAAUAUUGGACAAGUGCCCCGAGAAUGCCACGCCAAAGGGAUUAUCACCCCUUCUAGUAGCCAUCUCCAACCGGGAUAGAGAUAUGGUGAGCACCAUAUUGGGCAAGAAAGAAGAAUGGAUACAUUUAAGGGACCCGUAUGGAGGGGUUGCUCUACAUUUUGCAGCAGGUUUAGGUUACCUUGAAGGUGUUGUUUUUUUACUUGGUAGAUGCAAGACUUGCAGCAUUGAGAAAGACCAAUCAGGGUACCUGCCAAUUCAUCUAGCGGCUGGUCGAGGCCAUGUGGAAGUGGUUAAGGAAUUGUUACUAUACUGUGCAGAUCUGGACGAGAUGCGGGAUGAUAGUUUCAAUAAUAUUCUUCACAUUGCAGCUAAUAGUGGAAAGCUUGAUGUAGUGCGCUACAUCCUUCAAACUCCUCAGCUUGACAUGAUGAUCAAUCAAAAGAAUCGGUCAGGAGAGACUCCUUUGCAUGGGGCUACCGACUGGGGUCAUCCCAACAUUGUCUAUGCCUUAACAAGUGACCACCGGGUUGAUCUUAACGUGGUUAGCUCAAGUAAGGAAACGCCUCUUGACACUGCAAUUAAAAGGUAUCAUGCCGGUGGGAGAGGGAAAACACCAUCCCUUCGACGGUCGCUUACAUGGAUUGCACUAAAAUCUGCUGGCGCAAAAGCACCACGUAUGUCUGAAUUUGGAUUCAAUACUGUGUUUGGAACAGAGCGGUUCAAAGACAGAGUGGACUCACUCAGUGUCAUCUCAACACUCAUAGUCACAGCUUCCGUGGCAGCAUGUUUGGCCGUGCCCGGUGAGGCAGAUGGCGCCGCCAAUAACCUCAACAAGGCCAUGUUCCACUUUUUCAUCUUCUGCAUCACAAUAUCCUUGUUUACUUCAAUCAGUGCCACAAUCAUACUCAUCUGGGGAAGGUUCGGAGUGAUUGAGCUGUUGACUCUUUCCAUGGAGGUGGCAAUGCCGCUUCUUGGAACUGCUCUUGUGACUCUCUCGCUGGCGUUCAUGGCUGGUAUUUACACAGUUAUAAGCAAACUCACCUGGUUGGCCACAACGUUUCUUGUUAUAACUGCCAUUUUGGUGGCAGUUAUCUUUUUCUUGUACAUGCUCCUUUUCCUCCCAUCAUCCUCUGCAUCCAGGUUCUCUCGCUUCAUCUCCUACUACCCCUUUAUCUUCUUAGCAUCUCUAGCUGAGAAGGAACCUGUAGGACCUGUUUAUUUUACUACCAUUGCUAGCCAAUUUAUAAUCCCUGGAACUACAGCGAACGAUGAUAUUUACCGCGUCAACUUCGAGAAGAUGCAAGAAUCUUAGCUUCUUAUUGUUCUACUGCAUGCAUAAAGCUUGUGUUUGUGACUUAAGCUCUUGAAGAGAAAAGAUUGAAAAAGAACUUCACUAGUACAUUAAAUGUUUUCAUGUAUAGCAUUUAUUUCACUUGUGUAUAAGUAUGGUUGGCACUUGCCACAUGUUUGUAUGUUUGAGGAACAUUGUGUGCACUAUUUUUUGUGUAUCUUUAAUUCUUUGUAUCUUCAAUUAUAUUAAAUAGCAUGACAACAAAG